GCGAGUCCAGCGCACGUUCGUUGGCGAAGCGGCCGUCAGAUCGGCCCGGCCAUGUGCAUCUCAAAGGAGGCAUGGGAGCACUUCAUUUUCGUGCCCCUUCCGCAGUCGCGCAUUACCAAGGCAAGCAGCACCUGCACGACCCUUUGCACUGUCUCUCGACGUUGCGAAGAGCCCCGCCGUGAAGAGCCCCAGACGAAGGUUUGGCAGGAUGCCUUGGUAGCUCUCGGCCUGGGCGCCGGGGCCGCGCUGGGCACGGCGCUCAUGCCCAGUGUAGCCUUCAUGAAGCUCGCGAUGAUGGUGCCGCCCCCACCUACCCUGCCGCCGCCCUCGCCGCCACUGGCAGCAGCGGGGCAGAUACAGCCGCAACAAUACAGUCUGCUGGAUACUUUGCUACCGAACUUCAACACCGACACCUUCAUUUGGCGCGUCUCCAUGCUGCAGAUCACAGAGUACGUGGGGUCUCUGCUGCUGGGCUCGGCCUACGGCAGUCCGAAGCUCUGCUCCUUGUACUUGCUGGGUGCCUCCUGGGGCCCGGCCAUCGCCCAAGGGGCCGUGUGGCGCCUCAUGCUGCCGAUGAUGCUCCACGCCAAUGCUUUGCACAUCUUCUUCAAUCUCUUCUUCCAGAUGCGCAUCGGUUUCGGCAUGGAGAAGCAAUUCGGGCGACGGAAGUUCUGCCUCCUCUACAUGUUCUGCGGCUUCCUGGGCAACCUCAUCUCUGUUGCGGUAGAUCCCAUGAAGCUGGCGGUGGGCGCGUCCACUAGCGGCUUUGGGCUGCUGGGGGUUUGGGCGGCGGAAGUCUUGCUCACCUGGGACUUGCUGGGCGAGAGCCGGUCCCGGGUCUUCCUGUGGUUCGCCUUCAUGUGCACAAGCUGCAUCAUGAUGUCCACCAUCUCGCCCAACGUGGACUUUGUGGGCCACUUCGCGGGCAUGCUCGCAGGAUUUCUCUUGGCCAUUAUUCUCGCAGACAUGCAGGAGGAGAGCAUCAACCAUCCUGGUACAACAAGGCAAAGCUGACGGCCAAAAACGUGACUGCCGUGAUCAUCUUGGCUUCCCUGGUGAGGGCUAUUACCUUGGGCCCCGAUGGACCAAUCCCCUUCUGUGGGACGAUCUUUCAUCCGCGCCGCUUGCCCUUUUGAGGCAAAGCGACAAAGCUGUAGAUUGUCUCCUAAGUGGGGGAAAAGCGCGUGCCGGGUG